GCUUCGCAGCUGCCGCGCGUGUCCGUCGCAUAACCCAUGCGACUUCGCUGUUUCUCUACCGUAAUAUGGAUAUACAGCACAUCCGCGCUCUUAUCAUCAUCCAGUUCUCAUAUUUGUGGUUUCGCGAAGUCUUCGACAAAUUUAAAUGGAUUAUAUUGUAAAGUGCCACAGACAAUUAGUUCUAUAAGGUCCGCAUUGGUGUUUCUAAUAAGAUAACUGUACGGUCUUAUCGUUACUAAACCCAAUAGACAUAAGAUGGAACGUAACAAAUCGAAAGUUUUUCGGUGGUGUGCUUCCUACAACAGUGAUCUAAUAUUAUUCUAGUGUUAGUGCCCAAAGUCUGAAAUUUAGACUGCGUUAAGUUAUUUAUUAUAGUUAGAUUUAUACACUGUGGAUUAUGCUGAUCAAUACGUACUUGGACACGGAAGAUUUCGUGUACUUACACUAUCCAGAGGAUGAGCCCGCCCAGAAUCAGGGGUGUGGUGCAGGGGCUAGACUGGCCUCUAAAUAUCCCCCUAGACCACCAUCUCCAGAUUAUUCUCAGGUGGCAGCAGCAACGUCAAGUGAAAUGAGCGACCGCGGAAGAUACCGCGCGCCGCCGCAACCCGAGCCUCCGCCACACCGCGUCCGUGCCGCUGAUCUCUUCCCGAGGGGUCGUCCCGUCUUCGACGAGCCUGGUUUGGAGAUCAGCUUCACGCCGAUAUGUGGGGAGUUCGUCAAAUUGAUCGGACGAACAGCGGACGGCGGUACAAUAGCAAUCUCAAACUACCGACUACACAUACAACCACGUCGUAGAAACGGCCCAGGCGCUUCGGUGCCGCUUCGGCUCAUAGAUGCAGUGGAGAUACGGGACAUAUUGCACCUGAUCGUGCUGUGUAAACAUGGAAGGCAGCUCAAAUGCACUUUCGCGAAUAACGACCAAUGCCUAGAAUGGUGGCGGCGGCUCACGACGGCCACGGCUCCCAUGGGCAGUGUUCUGGACACCUUCGCGGCGGCCUACGCCGCUUGGGCCAAGGAACAACCGCCCCUCUCCGUCCACAGAGCGCUGAUGAAGGCGUCCCACUCGCCGCAGAGGCCGUGGUUUAUUCCAGAGUUGGAGCGUCUAGGAUUCACAGCAAAGAAUGCGUGGAGAGUGACCAAAGCCAACGCCGAAUACAAGCUGUGCCUGUCGUAUCCGCCUCACCUGAUUGUACCAUCGAAUAUUGGUGAUGAAGAUCUCGAUUCAGUUGCACGGUUUCGUGCAUUAAGACGUAUACCUGCUGUGGUAUGGCGGCAUAGAGGAAACGGCGCCGUGAUCGCUCGGUCGUCGCAACCCGAGGUCGGUUGGCUGGGGUGGUACCGGUCGAGUGAGGACGAAAGACUGCUAGCCGGCUACGUUAGCGCUUGCAACGCUGACAGGGGACAGCAGCCGGCGAACACCAACAACAAGCAAACAAAACUCCUGAUCGUGGACGCGCGAUCAUACACCUCAGCGGUUACUAAUCGCGCUCGCGGCGGUGGCUGCGAGUGUGCCCAAUACUAUCCCGCCGCCGACAUACAGUUUAUGUCGAUGCCUAACAUCCACAAUGUUAGGAAGAGCUUCUAUCAAAUGCGGCAACUAGCAGCUGAGCCCAGCGACCAGGCUAACUGGCACAGCAAACUAGAAAGCACGCUGUGGCUCCAAUACAUCAGUGGCAUACUUCGCGCGGGCGUCGUCGUGGGCCGGGCCGUAGCCGGGGGUCGGCCAGCCCUGGUGCACUGCUCCGACGGCUGGGAUCGCACGCCGCAGAUCGUGGCGACUGCACAGCUCAUACUGGACCCUCACUAUAGAACUAUCGAGGGUUUCCGCAUCCUAAUCGAGCGGGAAUGGCUGGACUUCGGCCACAAGUUUGCCGACCGCUGCGGCCACCAGUUCAGUCCUACAGAAGACCUCAAUGAACGGUCACCCAUCUUUUUGCAAUGGCUCGAUGUGGUACACCAACUCAUGCUGCAGUAUCCGUGCAGUUUUGAGUUCAACGAAGCUUAUUUGAUAAAACUAGCAACGCACGUGCACUCGUGCAUGUUCGGCACAUUCCUAUGCAACACUAGUCGCGAACGCAUAGAAAUGCGUGUGCCCGACACUACAGCGCAGGUGUGGCAUUUAUUACGAGCGCCGGCUUAUAGGAACCAUUUAUAUUCUCCUCAUCACGGGGAUCAGGUAAUCUGGCCAGAAUACAGCGUGAGAUCUAUCCAACUUUGGACGGCGAUGUACAUCGGAGACCGAGAAGAGCCGUUAGACGAACAGACGGAAACACCGCAACAACUACCUCCUCAGCACAACGGCAUGAUGACUAAAACUCGAUCUUGUGACAAUCUGCUGGGGGAAGAGAAGCGAACAACACAGAGGCGGAGUAGCGACCCGAGUAUUGCGCCUGACGUCAUGAAGUUAUCAAUGGUGGUGACAGAAUGUGAUGGUCGGCGGGCAUGUCGUGCGGCGCUAACUGACAGUUGUGUCGAUACAUUGCCAGUGUUACACGCACAACACGCCAACAGUGCGCCGCCCGAACUUCACCAUGUCAGCGAACAACCGACGACGCAGGAGGAUGAUACCACUGAUCAGGUGGACGGCCUCCACCCAGAUCAUUUCGAGAACGGCAUGAGGCCUCGCGACAUCGCCAGCAACUCAUCCUCUUUAGAACGUGAAUUUGCUGACCCUACACCAUUGAAGGCAGAACAAGGUGGCGCCACCGGGCCCGUGGACAUGACUGAAAGUGUUGUGAGGGUACCCAGUACCCCGGAUGUGGGGACUCCUGAAGAACCACCGGUUUUUGUGUGUGACACGUACACUGAUGUUAUCGGGAUGGCAGAGGUGGCUCGCGAAUCAGCCCGAACACGCAACAUAAGCAUAACAUGGCGGUCCAUAUCUGAAUCCAGCAACCAAUCGUCCACCGGCUUCGAUAUCCCCGAACCAAGAGAACCGUCUCGUCCCUCCCCCGAAAGUCACACGACAGAAGAUCUAGCCAAUCACAACGUUUUAGAAUUAGAAUUGACCAAUCAUAAUAGGGAGAAUGGCCAUACAAACGAGGUCAACGGUGUGGACGAAUUGCCGCCCAAGUUUUUAGAAGUUGAUGGGGGCGCCACUUCGAGUAGCAUAAGUUCGGAGAGCGAGGGCGAAGGAGUCUCGGCACCGAGGCGAAACGGUUCUAGGGCCAGAGUCGCGAGUCAAUUGACUUUGUGUCCAACAUCGCCUAGGAAGUUGGCCUGCUGUCAUUGCAGUAGGCGAGCUAGUGCUACAAGUGGCAUAGAAACUUCAGGCGAAUCCGUCGGCAGCGGCGAAGCGUGUUGGUGCGGGGUUUGUGGCGGGGCCGUGGACAGCUCCGGCAGCGGCGGCGCGCGGUGCGUGUGCGGCGCCGCGGGGGCGCUGCCUGACCCCUUGGAUGGGUUGCCGCCUACUACCGACCCACUUCAAGCUAGAUUGCACCAGAUUAUAUUGUAUCAGAAGAAAGUAGUAGAAGAGCUAAGCGGACAAUUGCGUUCGGCGCGCGAGGCGCUGCGGCUGGCGUCGCCGUCCAACAGACAGGACGCGGCCGCCUCGCCCACGCAGCCAAGUAGCGGCAGCGGGAGCGCAAGCGUUAGCGUUCGAAGCGGUAGCGGUAGCGGGAGUAGUAGCGGAAGCGGUAGCGGUUCAGCGUCUGAAGUGGAGGUGGGGGAAGAAGCGCGGGGGGUGGUGUGGCUGCCAGACAGCGCGGCGCCUAGGUGUCAGUACUGUAGUAACCACUUUUGGUUGGCGCGUCGGAGACACCAUUGUAGACGUUGCGGCGGUAUAUUCUGCGGCUCGUGCUCGGAGAUGAGCUCGUGGGGCGACUGCGGCGCAGUGCGCAUGUGCAGGAGAUGUCGCGCCCAGCGGUGACGCUGCCCCGCGCUCUCGUCGCUGCCGUCGCCUCGCCCCGCGCUCACCUCGCCGAGCUGCUGAAGCACUCGCCACACUGACACGCCUGCAAACUCAUGCCGCCCUGGUAACUCCGCAUUGUGCCCACUGGAAGAUACGGAUGUUUGUUUCAUAAAUGCGUUUGAUCUGCGCCACAGUCAUGCCGCCCUGGUAACUCCGCAUUGUGCCCUCUGAAAGACACGCCGUAAGGUGCGUUUAGUCUGCGCCACGGCCAUGCCGGCCUGAUAACUUUGCGUCGUGUCCUCCGGUAAAACAAUAAAUCGGAAUUCGCAUGCCAACUUGCCUCUGCAUAGUGCCCUCUGGAAGGUCCUAUUGCUGCAGUUGCGCCACAGUCAUACCGCCCUGGUAACAUUGCAUAGUGUGCAGAUCGAGAUUUUGCCUUUGCACCUGAUUUUCAUGAAUGUAAUCCAAUAACAGCUACUUACGAAGGUAUUGUCGUUUAUACCUGCGACACACUCGUGCCGUUUUAAUAGAUUACGGCCUGCAAUGUUAGAUGACCAUUGAUGCCUUGGAAACCGUUGCUACUUCACUGAUGCCGUUGAUCCGCCACUCUUGAUGCCCUGGUAACUGCAGGCAUUGCGCCCUUUGGAUAACUGUUGUUAUAAUCUUCUGCCGCUACUUACAGCUACGAACGCUGUUAAAUUCGCUCUCCACUUCUAUAGUUUCCAUAAUUUUGAUUAAUCGAUUGGCCGCUGAAAUCGAUACUUUUGAAACAUCUUGUGGAUGUAACGUAAUCUUUUUGUGUUAUUGGAGAAUGGAUGCGGUAUAUUUCCUGGAAGGUAUAAAUUACACAAGCGCCAGAAUAUUUUAUUACUAUUACAACAUUACUCAUUCCAUUUACCAAUACAUUCAAAACAGCUACGACUAUUUUUAAGACUCCUCGCGUUCACAAUGCUUUAAAUGUAAAGAAAAAUAUUGGCAGUGCUUACGACGACGGCAAAAACGACUAUAUCAGCAAUAACUUUUGUAUGAUGCUAGAACUGUUUAGUCUGAAGAAUAAUUCGCUGCCUGUAUGAAUUUAAUUAUAUAACAUAGUAAUAUACUUGCGCAUUACAAUAGGGUUAUGUCUAAACAGUUUUGAAUUUUGUUCUGUUACUAGUCAAACCGCUACGAUAUCACGAGAUCAUUUCGAUAAUGUUAUGUAUCCCUAGUAUGUACAAUGUUAAUUCCUAUCUGUGUUGUGUUGAUUGUCUAGACUAUUUGCCAGGCUAAAACUCUAAUGAAAUUAAUCAGGAAUCAUGGCAAUUUCAGAUAAAUUAAUUUAUUGAUUCUUGUUUGAAUGAGAUAAGUUGAAAGCCAUUUAAAAAUGUUGCUUUUGAUGAUAAAUAUCAGCAUUUUUAACAAUCGCUCGGAGAAUGAAUAUACAGAAAUAGAAUCUAGUCUUUCGCGAUGUGUGGAUUGGCAAGGGCCCCGACGCGGGCAUAUAGUUAGGACAAUGUUAUAGUGAAUGAUGAUACGCGAAGGCUGAUUUUUUCUACUAGAGUAUAUCGUUCUUGUUUUCUUUUAAUUGUGUAUAUGUUUGAUUCACGUCUUAUACGUGAUUUACCAUUUUCUUUCAUGAUAAAUGACAAGGGUUAGUCCCUACAAGGAGUUAGUCUGAACCGAAGACAUGUAAGAAACUUUUUAUAAAGAAACUGUUUAUUUUUGUUUCUUUUAUUUUGUAAUAUAGUGUUUCAUAUGUUCUAUAAUUUUGUACAGUAAGGUUUUGUUUCACACUGUCAGACGGUCCCGUCUGGAUUGGGCAGGCUACAAAUAAUGAAGAAGGGAGGACACAGUGACUGUUAGCCGACUUUCGACCGGGACUAUCAUGUAGACUUAUUUUGUAUAUUCGACAUAACUUAGGCAUUUCCCGUAGCGCGAAUAAUGUAUUAAAUACAUUGUUUUUUGCAAUACAAAUAUCGUUGUUACUCGACUGAUGUUGAUUAUAUGAAAUUAUCAUAAAUAAUGUGUUUUUUUUUUUAUUUCAAUAUAAUAGACCGAAUUUGAAAUUGCGAUUUUUGUUCGUCCAUUUCGACACUGAUCCCCGGCUAGCGCCAUUUUUAGGUAUUUUAUUUGUGAUAUUGACUAUACUUUUAUAUUAUAGUAAGAGUCUAACAACGUGUUAUUAGAAAUUAAAUUUUACUGGUGAUUAUUUUAGUCCCUCGCGGUGCGUAUCCCUAAUGUUGACUACUGUUUGUUUGGGCUAUAAAAUAUAUAUAAAAUAUCUACGAAAAUAUCAAAUUUGUAAAUUUAUAGGACAGUUUAUGGUGUUACAUUGGUGCCAGCAUUUGUGGUUACAAUAACAGAUAAUUUAUAGCGCUAGUUCUUUCGGCCAUUUAUAAAUACUGAUUUGAAAUGUAUACUUUUGUAACAACUGAAACCUGCCCUGAUCCGAAAUAAUCACAAAAACGUAUGUACAAGACUCAAACAUGGAAUUAGUUCACAGAUAUUUUGUUCAAUGUUGAAUACGAAUGUUAGUUGACUCUCAAGUAUUUUUAUUGGGAAAACAUACAAUAUACAUUUGGCCACGCAACAUCAAUAAAUAGCGCAAUCUAUUCAUGACAAUACGUGAAAGUAAUUAGCGCCCACAACAAUACUUCAUAGCACCGAAAUUGAUCCAUAUUUUAAUAAGAACAUAUCUAUGGACACAACAUUUGCGUUCAGUAUGAAACACGAUGUGAUAUUUCCAAGGACGAUAAAGCUAUAGACGUAGUUGGUAUAGCCACAUGAGAUAGAACUAAUUCAAUAUAGCAACAGGCAUGUCGCAGUAUGCUGACCUUGUAAAAGUUUAGUUUCUCAUCGCGUCCUUAAUACACGUUUUUUAUGAGCGAAAUGGAAAAUGUGAUUGUCUAUAGCUUUCUCCGUCUACAGAUAUUUUGAGUUAUAAGUGAGUUAGCAUAUAAGUCCGUCAAUAUUGUUGUGUGAGUGAAACAAAAAAUGUAAGAUAUAGGUGUCCAUUCUGCUAACUUUUUUUUUCAAUUGUAACACUUAUUUGUCAAUAAGUGUAAUAAGAACUACAAUUGAGGUACGGUAACGGUAUAUAGUUAGUAGAAUUAACACAAUUUAAUCGCGCUAUUCAUGGUCACUGGCCAGAGGUCCGAACAGUAGUCAACAGCUUCAUGUAAAAUGAUAGUAAAUGUAAUCGAGGGGGUUGUUGUUAAUUUGAUAUAGUUUAUAUUGUAUCGAAGCCGCAGUAACGUGUAAGUUUACGUUGUCGAAGUGCAAACUCUUGUGACCAAUGGAUAUUGACACGAUGUGAAAUAAAGCAUAUUUAGUUUUUA